AUGCGUGGUCAAUUUCUAUUACUCAUUUCCUUCUUAUUGACACCAUGGUUUACGUAUGACCCAAUCGACUAUUACCAGCGCCCAGUUAUGGAAUUCUGUCCCGAGCGUGCCGCACAGCUACACAACCAGUUACUACAGAAAGCUAUUAGCCAUGACGCCUCCAUCGCGACAGAGAGAACCCUACUUGAUCGUUUUCUUCAGGUCGCAGACGUAGACAGCGAAUUCCAGCAACACCCACUGGGCCAGUUUCUCUCCCUUCUAGACUCAACACCUCAAAGCGGAAGCAGGCUUCCCGGAUUAUUCACCCCAAGACUAUAUCAACCAGACCCAUCAUACUUCUGGGACGACACAUAUGAGCUCCAUCCCAACCAUGUACUACUCUAUGGCCAGAACAAUGCCGAUUGCCCAAUGGAUGGCGGAAUUUACCUUAACCUAUACACAGCGCGGGUCAUCUGGCGCAUGUCGCCUAAUGAUUUCCCUGAAAUAGAAGAGUCACUCCAUGUCCCGCUUGAAGUCUUUCAUAAGAUGCUGCUGCGGAACUGGGAAAGCGGCAAAUACUAUUAUGACAACGAGGAAAAGGAAAUAUCCGUACGCUGGUGGCAAGUUGAGGAUCUAGAAGAAGCCUUAUCUUCCUGGGACAAGCUGUUAUCCGCUAUUGAGCGCCGUCUACCGCAGACUACUAAGAAGCGACCGGAAAGAAUGCCCCCUUUAGACUCCGAGUUGUUGAAGAGAUUUAAACUUGGAAAAUUUGCGAGAGAGUGGCUAUCAUUAGCGACAAGACCUGGUUUCCGGUAUAUCGCGCCAGGCUUAACUACCUUUUCACCAGAGUCAUUCACGGAAAUUUAUGGAGCUGAAUCAGCAAGCUCAUAUUGGCAGAAUGUGAAACUACUUUCUGAAGAGUUCACUUCUAGUCUACUAUUUCCUGCGGACAUUAUAAUUCCCACGAACAUUUCCACCACUAGCACCGACCGUGACAUUACCUCGUUCGACAAGGACUGGGGCUUUGGGAAAUUUACCGUUGCUCGCAGAGCUGGUAUCUAUACUGACCCUCUAAACUGCGACCACGCAGAUACGGUACGUCUCAUGCAUCCAUCGGGACUAGUCAACCUUGUAGAGUUGACGACAAACUGUCCUUGGGAUUGGGGUCGUCUUCCGCGCCUGGCAGAGGUCCUCGAAAAAUGGACGAGUCUGAUUGAAACGGGCGCUUGGGAGAUUGAUGGGAACGGAGUUAAAACUGGCAUUGAGUGGUUUAGAACUCAUACUUUGGAGUCGAAGCUAGACUGGCAGGACAUUAUAGAGGAGGAAAUUGCAAAACUUUAA